AUGCCUGGUUUCGCCCAAGCAAGCGAUCUGUCGGCAUGGAAGUCGCUUAUGAAGCACCACCAAGAGCUGGGUCGCUCCAUUGUCCUCAAGGAUGCCUUUGCCGAGGACCCUAAGCGUUUCGAGAAGUUCUCGCGCACCUUCACCAACGACGUCGACAAGUCCGAGACCAUCUUCGAUUUCUCAAAGAACUUCAUCACCGAUGAGACCCUCCAGCUUCUGUGCCAGCUCGCCCGCGAGGCAAAGGUCGAGGAGCUCCGUGACGACAUGUUCAAAGGUGAGAAGAUCAACUUCACCGAGAAGCGCGCCGUCUACCACGUCGCUCUCCGCAACACCGAGAACUGGCCCAUGCAGGUCGACGGCAAGAGCGUUGUCGAGGAGGUCAACUCUGUCCUCGAGCACAUGAAGGAGUUCUCCGAGGAGGUCCGCAGCGGCAAGUGGGUCGGUUACACCGGCAAGGCCAUCAACACCAUCGUCAACAUCGGUAUCGGCGGUUCUGAUCUCGGCCCUGUCAUGGUCUCCNNCGAGGCCCUCAAGCCCUACGGCAAGCGCGACAUGAAGCUCCACUUCGUCUCCAACAUUGACGGCACCCACAUGGCCGAGGCCCUCCGCGACUCUGACCCCGAGACCACUCUCUUCCUUGUCGCCUCCAAGACCUUCACCACCGCCGAGACCACCACCAACGCCAACACCGCAAAGAAGUGGUUCCUCGAACACUCAAAGGACGACUCGGCCAUUGCCAAGCACUUCGUUGCUCUCUCGACCAACGAGUCCGAGGUUACCAAGUUCGGAAUUGACAAGAAGAACAUGUUCGGCUUCGCUGACUGGGUCGGUGGCCGUUACUCCGUCUGGAGCGCCAUUGGUCUUUCGGUCUGCUUGUACAUUGGUUACGACAACUUCCACGACUUCCUUGCUGGUGGUCACGCCAUGGACAAGCACUUCAAGGAGACNCCUCUCGAGCAGAACAUUCCCAUUCUUGGUGGUCUUUUGAGCGUCUGGUACUCGGACUUCUUUGGCGCCCAGACUCACCUCGUCUCUCCCUUCGACCAGUACUUGCACCGCUUCCCGGCCUACCUCCAGCAGCUUUCCAUGGAGUCCAACGGAAAGGCCAUUACUCGCAGCGGCGACUACGUCAAGUACACCACUGGUGCUAUCCUCUUCGGCGAGCCCGCUACCAACGCCCAGCACUCCUUCUACCAGCUCCUCCACCAGGGUACCAAGCUCAUCCCCACCGACUUCAUCCUGGCCGCUGAGUCGCACAACCCCAUCGAGGACAACAAGCACCAAAAGAUGCUUGCCUCCAACUACUUUGCUCAGGCUGAGGCUCUCAUGAUCGGCAAGACNCCUGAGGAGGUUCGCGCAGAGGGCGCCGCCGACGAGCUCGUUCCCCACAAGACUUUCUUGGGCAACCAAGAAGGCUGGUAUCAACUGAAUCCAUGA